ACCAGGGCUGCGCGGGGCUGAAGAGGCCGGGCCAGGCCGCGGGCGCGGGGGUCUCGCGGCUUCGGACGCAGUGUAUCAGGAUUUCCAAGAAGAAGUUGCUGAGCGCGUGGCUCCGAGGCGCCGAUCGAGCGAGAAUCGGCCGUUUACGGCUGAAACUUGGGGCUGAAGACCGAGCAGAGUGGAGAAGGAGGCGAAAGAGGGGGCGGCGGCGAGCGGAGCCUCGAGGCGAGGAGGCGGAGCAGCAGCGCCGAGGCGGCGGCCCCCGGGAGCAGGCGGCGGCGCCGGGCUUUCGCCUGGCGGGGACGGACGUGGUGUGGGGAGCGCGCGCGUCUGUGCGCUGGGGGCGAGAGACUUGGGCAAACUUUGAGGGGUAACCGGAGACGCUUGUUGCUCCUCGCCACACAGAAAGCCGCACCGUUACGUCUCGGCGGGGAGGGGAAGGCAGCCCCUCUCGGCGCCCUCGGCCCAGGCGGACGAGUUUGGGGCCCAGGCGGCCGGGCGAGUGCUGGGCGGAGACGGCUGCGACUCCCCCGCGGCUGGCGGCCUCGCCCCCGCGGCGCGGGCACCCCGGCGGCAGCGCCCUUGUCUCCGCGCCGCCUACGGCCCGGCCCCGGCGCCGGGAGGAUUCUCAUGCGCCGGGCUUGGCGUCGCCUCCUCGGAUCCAAGACUCUCCCGGCAGCCUCGUCGCGUUUCUCCCACUGAGAGCGCAGCUGCAUCCGCGGCCGGCGAUGCGGGGCCCCGGCGCGGCCGCGUCGCGCUCGCCCCUGGGCCUACGCGCCCUGGUGCUGGCGCUGCUGGGCGCGCUGCCCGCGGGCGCCGGGGCGCAGCCGUACCACGGCGAGAAGGGCAUCUCGGUGCCAGACCAUGGCUUCUGCCAGCCCAUCUCCAUCCCGCUGUGCACGGACAUCGCCUACAACCAGACCAUCCUGCCCAACCUGCUGGGCCACACGAACCAAGAGGACGCGGGCCUCGAGGUGCACCAAUUCUACCCGCUAGUGAAGGUGCAGUGCUCGCCCGAGCUGCGCUUCUUCCUGUGCUCCAUGUACGCGCCCGUGUGCACUGUCCUCGAGCAGGCCAUCCCGCCGUGCCGUUCUCUGUGUGAGCGCGCCCGCCAGGGUUGCGAGGCGCUCAUGAACAAAUUCGGCUUCCAGUGGCCGGAGCGGCUGCGCUGCGAGAACUUCCCGGUGCACGGCGCGGGCGAGAUCUGCGUGGGCCAGAACACGUCGGACGGCUCCGGGGGCCCCGGCCCCACGGCCUACCCCACCGCGCCCUACCUGCCUGACUUGCCUUUCACUGCGCUGCCCCCGGGGGCCGCAGACGGUAGGGGCCGCUCCACCUUCCCCUUCUCGUGCCCUCGCCAGCUCAAAGUGCCUCCCUACCUGGGCUACCGCUUCUUGGGCGAGCGCGACUGUGGCGCCCCAUGCGAGCCCGGCCGCGCCAACGGCCUCAUGUACUUUAAGGAGGAGGAGAGGCGUUUCGCCCGCCUCUGGGUGGGCGUGUGGUCGGUGCUGUGCUGCGCUUCGACGCUCUUCACGGUGCUUACCUACCUGGUGGACAUGCGGCGCUUCAGCUAUCCUGAGCGGCCCAUCAUCUUCCUGUCGGGCUGCUACUUCAUGGUGGCCUUGGCACACGUGGCCGGCUUCCUGCUGGAGGACCGCGCCGUGUGCGUGGAGCGCUUCUCGGACGACGGCUACCGCACGGUGGCGCAGGGCACCAAGAAGGAGGGCUGCACCAUCCUUUUCAUGGUGCUCUACUUUUUCGGCAUGGCCAGCUCCAUCUGGUGGGUCAUCCUGUCCCUUACCUGGUUCCUGGCGGCCGGCAUGAAGUGGGGCCACGAGGCCAUUGAGGCCAACUCGCAGUACUUCCACCUGGCCGCAUGGGCCGUGCCCGCCGUCAAGACCAUCACCAUCCUGGCCAUGGGCCAGGUGGAUGGGGACCUGCUCAGCGGGGUGUGCUACGUUGGCCUGUCGAGCGUGGACGCGCUGCGGGGCUUCGUGCUGGCGCCCCUGUUUGUCUACCUCUUCAUCGGCACGUCCUUCCUGCUGGCCGGCUUCGUGUCUCUGUUCCGCAUCCGCACCAUCAUGAAGCACGACGGCACCAAGACCGAGAAGCUGGAGAAGCUCAUGGUGCGCAUCGGCGUCUUUAGCGUGCUCUACACGGUGCCUGCUACCAUCGUGCUGGCCUGCUACUUUUACGAGCAGGCCUUUCGCGAGCACUGGGAGCGCACCUGGCUCCUGCAGACCUGCAAGAGCUACGCCGUGCCCUGCCCGCCCGGCCACUUCCCGCCCAUGAGCCCUGACUUCACCGUCUUCAUGAUCAAGUACCUGAUGACCAUGAUCGUGGGCAUCACUACAGGCUUCUGGAUCUGGUCGGGCAAGACCCUGCAGUCGUGGCGCCGCUUCUACCACAGACUCAGCCACAGCAGCAAGGGGGAGACUGCGGUAUGAGCCCUGGCCCUUCCCCCACCCCUCCCCUCACCCCCCGAGCAGGGGAAGAGGCGCGGUAGGGACAGAACUGCUGGGUAGGGGGUUUGUGUCUGUAACCUCCUCCCCUGCCGCUGAGCAGUGACCUGGAAGAGAAAAGUCAGUUGCAGAUUUGGGGCGCGGGGUGGGUUUGGAAAGGAGGCCUGGGUGCGAAGGCGGCGGGGUGGGUUUGGAAAGGAGGCCUGGGUGCGAAGGCGGGUUAGGUGAAAAGACUUCUGGCAUAAAGACUUGCAGGAUCCUGAUGCGACGAUAUGACGAUGUUACUCAUGUAAGGUACGGGCAGCUUUGGGCCUAUCGAGAAAGCUGAGAGCUGCAGAGACUGCUGCGAGGUCUUCCCGGCUUAGGGGCGGCCUUGGGCCCAUGAGCGGUUCCUCCGCUGCAUGGAAAGUGGCCUGUCCUCACGCCUGUGAGGCCCGGGUGAAAGGUACAGCUCUGUCUGCGGCGGUCUCUUUGUUGGGAAGACGGAGGACUCCCUGCGGUGUCCUUGUCAAGCCGUGGUCAAACCAUAAUCUCUUUUCACUGGGGCCAAACCGGAGCCCAGAUGGGUUAAUUUCCAGGGUCAGACAUUACAGUCUCUCCGCUGGGCCCCCUCCCAACUGUUUUUCCUUCCCAGCCCUUUCAAGUCUUGUAAAAUCAGCAUUUGGAAGUCCUGGGAGGCCUGUCUCCUAGAAUCGUAACGUGGGGAUGUGAAAGAAGUGAUAAUAUUUUGAGAUGAGAUGGAGGAGAAAAGCAGGUAUUUCUGCUACUUUUUAAUUUUCUGGGGAAGGCAGGAAGAAAGAAGGGUGUUUUAUUUGGUUUAAUACCCUGAAGAGAAGUGAUGACUUGUUGCUUUUCAAAACAGGAAUGCAUUUUUCCCCCUUUCUUUGUUGUAAGAGACAAAAGAGGAAACAAAAGUGUCCCGCUGUGGAAAGGCAUAACUGUGAAGACAGCAACUUUUACGGGCAAAGUAGCACAAAUCUGAGGUUUCCCUUUGGAUGUUAAUUUGGUUGAGAUAAACAUUCCUUUUUAAGGAAAAGUGAAGGGUAGUGUGCUUUCAUACCCCCCACUAAGUCAGAGGUUCUGACUUGGCUAAAGAAAAUGCAAGAGAUCUUGUUAUUGGGUUUUGUUUUAAAUAAAUUUAAUUCAGAACACACGAUUGGUUAAAAUGGUCAAGGAAAUUUCUCCCUUCAUUUUAAAAAAAAUUUCUAUAAGCCUGUAUUUAGGUUUUCUCUUUUUUCUUUCCUCCAAUUUGAAUCCUUCAAGAUAAAAGAAAAGCAUAAUGUCUUCAGCCUUAUAAUAAAGGAAAAAAAAAAAGUAAAGCAGCAUUUCGUCCUGUUUUCUUAGUUCCACACAUCUGUUUGUAAAACAUCAUGUGUACGCUUUGUGGUUGGGUGGGGAGGUGAUCUGCAGAGAUGGUGACGGUGAAUGAAGAGGAAAGUUGGAACCAUGGGCCCCAUUUUUAAGGAAAGUCAUUAAAGGAGGGUAAACUUCAAAGUAAUUCUAGAGUUCUUUGAAAUGUGCUGGAUGACUUAAAUUCAUUCAUCUUAAAUCUUAUACAUAUAUUUUUUUUUUCUGUAAUUGAACUUACUCUUGUGCAUCAUGGUCUAAAGCUGAGCAGAGAGUCAUGGGAACUAACCUUUACUCCACCUUUGUUGCUGCCCUCCAAUCGCAAUGGAGGCCACACUAUCAUGUUUCUCUGAACAGUUUUAAAAUAUCAACCAUAGAGGCGGUACUGUCAGGAUGACAAGUUACUUUAUAUAUAUAAUGUUCAGUCAAGUAGAGCUGCUUUUGAUACAAAGGUUAAAAUUGACGUUGUGUUUCUUAAACCUCCAAAACUGUCUCAUCAGCCGGAUUUUGAAAACUCCCACUACACAGGUUUUUGGCAUCUUUUGUGUUGUUAUGCUUAAGUGCAUGUGAAAAUUGUAAAAUAGAGACAACUGCAGUAUGUAUAUUUUGUAAAUCUCCCGUUUUUGUAAGAAAAUAUAUAUUGUAUUUAUACAUUUUUACUUUGGAUUUUUGCCUUGUUUUGCCUUUAAAGAUCUUCAGUGACGCCCCACUUUAUCACAUGUACAGAUCACAAAUAAAUUUUUUUUUUUUAAAUAUGAA